AUGUCUUCCUCGCACGUUGGUCUCUUCUCCAACCCCUUCCUCUCCACCAACUCCGACGGCACGCGCCCUGCUGCAGCCAAGCCCGUCAACCCUCUUCGUGCCUCCCAAAACCAAAACCCGCCUGUUUUCCCACGCCCUCGAGCGUCUCCUCCGUCCCGACUCCGAGUUGCUCCCCAAGGUGCUCCCAAAGGUGCUCCCGAAGGUGCUCCUGCUCCCGGAAAACGCAACUCGGAAUCUUCCUUCACCCCCCCUCCCCCCUACUCAUUGGUUGCGCCCGCAGUCGCGGACGCUCCUCCGUCGUAUUCGGCGAACCCUGCCGGCAUAGUCUCGCAAAGAGUCAUGUCCGGUUUUGAUAUUCCUCCUCCGUACUCCAACCCAUCGGCACAAUACACAGACAUGAUCCUCGCAGAGGAUCUCGAUCAAGUCAUCAAUGCCAUGAGAAGUCUUAGUCUGGCCGAGGCAGCUCCGCGAGCCGUUGAUAACACAGGGAACGCACUGUUGACCCGCUCCUUCGGCAUGCCGCCCGCUUACAAUCAUUCAGUCACUUCCCGAUUCCCACCGUCAUCAAUUUCCGUCGCUGAACCUGAUCCCCUCCGCCUGUUCUCCUGA